AUGGCCAGCGUUCCACCGAGUUCCCAGGCCGUGAGCCAGAGGCCCCGGCCCGGCCCCUCCGGGCACCCGCCGGAGGUGAUGCUGGGGGCAGAAAGAUCAGGGCCGCCAGCAGCCCAGGCACACAGCAGCCCUCUGCCAGAGGGCUGCGGCCGGCGCGGGAAGCGGGAGAGGUCGGCCGCUCUCCAGGAGGAGUCGGAGGAGGAGGCAGCCCCGGGCAAGGCAGAAGCCUGGGUCGUGGACAGGCUGUGCGGCCUCAAGAUGAGGCUGAAGCAACGGCGGGUGUCCCCGGUGCUGCCCGAGCACCACGAGGCCUUCAAAAGGCUGCUUGGGGACCCUGUUGUUAAAAGAUUCCUGGCCUGGGACAAAAAUCUGAGGGUAUCUGACAAGUAUCUCCUGGCCAUGGUCAUAGCGUAUUUCAGCCGGGCUGGCCUCCCCUCCUGGCAGUACCAGACAAUUCACUUCUUCAUAGCUCUCUACCUGGCCAACGACAUGGAGGAGGACGACGAGGGCCCCAAGCAGGCCAUCCUUUGGCUCCUCUACGGGAACAACCGUGCCCGGCGUCUCCUCUUCCACCAACGGCGAGUCCAAUUCGCCCAGUCCAUGGGCUGGAGGGCCUGGGUCUCCCGGGAAGAGUGUGAGGAGAUCCAAGCGUUUGACCCAGAGCUCCCGGUGUGGAGGCGAGACCGCAGCCUGCUUGCUGUGUGAGCGCUCCCGGGACCCCGGAGGCCUGGUUGCACCGGCCCGAAAGAAGGGAAGUCUGGAUCCUCGGGUGUAGACAGAGCACCUCGUUGUGUCGACUUAGGAAGUCACCCUUCCAGACGCUGACUCCGCUCCCAGCCACAGGCCGAAGACACAUGCAGGUAUGACCCCUGCACACAACCAGAGGGGAGGGCGUGAUCAUCCUGGGUGAUCGGGAGCCAUA